UAGCCUAGAGGAAGCAUCUUCAGAGAGUGCUUCUUGGUCAAAAUGAGAACUAGGAUGGCUGAAGCUGUGGAUGCUUUCUCAUUCGUUGUUUGAAAACCCAGUAGGGCAGGUGCUGCGGCAGGUGCUGCAUGAGUUCAGUUGUUUCUUGUCUUGUGUUUGCCUGGAGCAUUUCUGCAAAAUAACUGAUGGGCAGCAGUGAUCAUACAGAGUUGAUCAAAGGGAUACAUAACUCUGCCAAGUUAAGGACACUGUCUCUGUUGAGGAGCACGGAAAAGAAACAGCACUUCAGUAUUUGAUUGCCAUUAGCUCACUAUGAAUCUCUGCCGUCUGCCCUGGCUCAGGCGUGUGGCCAAGAGCACAAUUAAACAACUUUUGGGAAGCAGGGAAGCGAUGUGACGUUUCACAACGUAAUUCCAGUCUUUCUGUAACUUUAGUGGUUGAGCUGCAGCACAGGACGGACCCGUUCUUCGGCAGCGGGCUGUGCUGGCCCUGCGCAGGAGGACGCCUUCCAGCCGCACGUAUGGAGCGCGGUUCCCUCGGCCGCCGAAGCGCCGUCACUGGCGUCGGUGCGGCUCGCGGGGUCGCCUCGGACGCUCCCUCCGCGUACGGGCCACGCGAUCCUCUCGGUCCUCGCAGCGAGGAGGUGGUUGGGGGCGGUUGAUGCCCGGCGGCCGCCCACAGCUGCGCCGCCCUCCGGCACCUCUCUAGCGGCCAGCCACGGCCGCUUUUUUUUGACUCUCUCCAGCCAUGCUGCCCGCCUGCCACGGCCCCGCUGCCCGGGGUGAGCUGGGAGCGGGCGGCGCCGCCCGGGACGACGACCUCGCCUUCUACGUGCUAUGGACGCUGCGGGAGCCGCCGCGGCGGCUGAGCAGCCAAUCCAGCAAGAUGGGUUUCCAGGGCUGGCUGCCCCUGCCGCUGCCCAGGCAGCUGGUGGUGUUCAGCCUGGGGGACUGGAGCUGCUACUCCCCAGACACCAGCAUCACAGCGGACGUGUUGGUGGCACCGGGCGUCGGGGUGCAGCGGCUCGGCACGCUGGGGCCUGCCUGCAGGUCUCUGGUGUGGGAAGGAGACUGGAGAACAGAUGUUUUCAUGGCCUCGUUGAAAGAAACGCAUGAAGGCAACCCUGUGAAGCUUGUCCUGACUGUCCAUGGACAGCUGCUCCAUGGAGUCUCCAGCAGUACGCCUGCUCACUCAUUUCUGGUCCCAGAGACCACCCAGUCCCCAGUGCUUCCUGCUGACGAUGGGCCCCUUGAUCAGGACCUGGAGGAUCCUUCUGCUGUUAAGGGUCAGAGUUCUGAGAUGACUGCAAGAGCUUCCUGGCCUGCUAGGAAGGACUUCCACACAUCGCUAAGGAGCCUAGUGGUACCCUGUGCCCCGAAGCUACCACCUCGUGGGAUACAACCCAGGGACGCUUGGAGGGAGAGUCCUGUCUGCCCCAAAAAACCCAGGAAAAUUUUAUUUGAACCCAGAGCGUCUGAGAGAGAGCUCGAUGUAGAAGAUCUGGCAGUGGAGGAGUUGCAAGGCAGCCCCAGCCCACGGUGGUGCCAUGCCAUGUGCCUCAGCGAUCUGAGAACGGCUGUUCUGGUUGGUGGAGAAGGGGCUGAUCAGCAGGUCUGCAAGGAUGCUCUUUGGAAACUGGAAAUUGACAGUGAUUUUUGGUUUCCAGUGAGUCUCCAGCAACAAAAUGCUAUGCCAUCAUGCUUACGUGGUCACACAGCUACCUAUGACCCAGACACCAAGCGUAUCUACAUUUUUGGGGGCAUUAGGAAGGACAAAGACUAUAGUGGCAUCUACAUUCUGGACACAGUCACCUGGAAAUGGCUUCUUGUGGCUGCUAAAGGAAGAAUGCCAUCGCUGACCUACCACAGUGCAACUAUCUAUCGCAAAGAGCUCUUUGUUUUUGGAGGGGCUUUCCCUAAAACAGGAUCGCUGGCAGUUGGACCCUGCAGCAACAUGCUCUAUAUCUUCAAUCCAGAACAUGAAAUUUGGUACCAGCCCAUCUCAGAAGGGGAAAAGCCUCUGCCUAGGCUUGGACAUUCAGCUACUCUACUGAAGAACAAGCUGCUGAUCUUUGGGGGUCAGAGGUCUUGUCUCUACCUCAGUGACAUGCACAUCUUGGAUCUGGGUUUCAUGGAAUAUACACCAGUUGCACUCUGCGCAGGACAGCCUUCUGCACGUUGUUUUCAUGCAGCUCUGGCUGUCUCAGACUGGAAAGUUCUGAUCAGUGGAGGCUGCAAUGCCAAGGGAGCCCUACAGGAUGCCUUUGUUUUUCACCUAGAUACUCUUUCAUGGAGCACAGUGAUCCACCAUGACCUCUGCUCUGUGCCACGAGCUGGCCACGCAUUGCUUGAUCUGACUCUCAUGAUGGAUGUGGACAAGGAGAACAAGAAUAAGCAUAACCUGCACACGGUGCUGGUCUUUGGGGGCUCCAACUGUGCAGGGACCUUUUACAACAGCACAAAGAAGAUCCAGCUGGACCUAGGAUAAUGCAGAAUAACCAGAAUGAGCCUGUCCCCUCUUUGCCAACAUAAAGAGGGGUAAUAAUGAGUCCCAAUAAUAAAUGAGUCCCAGCAAUGCAGCAAGUGAAUGCUACCUUAGCACAAGACAUCACUGAUUUGCAGUGUCUUUCUGUAUGCUGUGGGUAUUGCCCCUUUUAGGGCAGUUGAUACACAGCAUCAGAUUGGUAGAAAUCCCCUAUUGUAUCCCUGGGUUGGGUGCCAGAACUUUCAGUGGGAUCU